UUCUCGCUAAACACGCCGUGUUACUCCCGAACUUUCCAGCUGGAGCCGUGAAAGCUAUCGACGCCACGUCAGCGCAUCUACUCUCCUCGCGUUUCGGCUGGCCCACGACACCGCCGACGCGCGACGAACGCCGCCGCGCCGCCGCCCCCAAACCCCCAAACUGCUCCGGCGAUCGUCGAACUGGCCACGCCGCCCACGCCAGUUCGCGCUCACCUGCCCAGAUAGUAAACUAUUUGGGUUGGGAAUUUGAUUCAUAUGGUGGCAGCAUUGGGUUAUAUGUAUAUGAUACCAAGCCCAUUCAAUUGAAAUGCUCCGCCUUAUGGUUAAGGAGACUAUAUGAUGUUGAGUCCUUAUAAGUUUAUUGGACUUCAAGGAAGUGUUACCAGCUGUCAUGAGGGUCAAUCCUGCGCUCUUCCUGCCUUUGAUGGCCGAAUAUGCAGCACCCACAUGGGCCAUACUAAUUUCAGGGUUCUUCAUGCUGCUUUCUGUUUCCCUCUCUAUGUACUUGAUAUUCCAGCACCUUUCAGCAUACAACAAUCCAGAGGAACAGAAAUUUGUUCUCGGUGUUAUCUUGAUGGUCCCUUGCUAUGCAGUUGAGUCGUAUGUUUCAUUGGUAAAUCCUGACACUAGCGUGUACUGUGGCAUCCUGCGUGACGCCUAUGAAGCAUUUGCUAUGUAUUGCUUUGGAAGAUAUAUUACUGCUUGUUUAGGUGGUGAAGAAAGGACAAUUGCAUUUUUGAAGAGGGAGGGUGGCGGAGAUUCUGGGGAACCUCUUUUGCAUGGUGCUUCUGAAAAAGGGAUCAUACACCAUCACUUCCCUGUGAAUUACAUAUUGAAACCAUGGAGAAUGGGUGUGAGGUUUUACCAGAUUAUCAAAUUUGGUAUAUUUCAAUAUGUGAUUAUAAAGACCCUCACAGCUAGCCUAUCCCUGAUUCUUCAACCUUUUGGUGCAUAUUGUGAUGGAGAAUUCAAUUUGAGAUGCGGAUACCCAUACUUUGCCGCUGUCCUUAACUUCAGUCAAUAUUGGGCCCUAUACUGUUUGGUGGAGUGGUACACGGCUACUAAGGACGAAUUGGCACAUAUAAAGCCAUUGGCAAAAUUUCUUUCGUUCAAAUCUAUAGUAUUUUUAACUUGGUGGCAGGGUAUUAUGAUUGCUAUCAUGUAUUCUUUGGGCUUGGUUAGAAGUCCGUUGGCACAGAGCUUGGAGUUAAAGUCAAGCAUUCAAGAUUUCAUCAUUUGUAUAGAGAUGGGUAUUGCUUCAGUUGUUCACCUAUAUGUGUUCCCUGCAAAGCCCUAUUCGCUAUUAGGUAAUCAUCGUUCACCUGAAAACAUUUCAGUGCUAGGGGACUAUGCCGCCACUGACCCUGUGGACCCUGAUGAGAUAAAAGAUAUUAGUCGGCCUACCAAAUUGAGGCUUCCACAGUUGGAACCAGAUGAGAUAAUUGUGACAAAUGUUAAAGAGAGUGUUCGAGACUUUGUAAUUGGCAGUGGAGAAUAUGUGAUAAAAGAUCUCAAAUUCACGAUGAAGCAAGCAGUGCGACCAGUCGGGAAGCGCUUUGAGAAAUUAAUGAAGAAGAAGGGCAAGUUCGGGCAAAGCCGUGAUGACAAUUGGGUGAGUACCUCCACGCCACAGAGAGCAAUCCAUGGGAUCGAUGAUCCUCUCAUAUGCGGGAGCUCUAGUGACAGUGGGAUCGGUAGAGGAAAACGGCACCGCAGGGACGUAAGCUCAGCUGGUGUUGUGGACAGUUGGGAAGGCAGCGACCAGACAUCAGAUGGGUAUGUCAUACGGGGACGCCGCUGGGAAAUCAAGAAAUCAUGAUAUUCUUUUGUACAGGAGCUACGGAAUACAAGCUGGGUUGCUGACUCGCUGGUAAAUUUUGGUGCUAGCGUACAGCUCCCGUAGAUUGCUUAGCUACUUGUGUGAUUGAUUGUUUGAUACUGUACAUGGUUUCUCGUUUUCUAUCUAUAGGUGCGGUCAGAGUAUUGUAAGUGCAGAAUUCCACAAAUUGUGCCAUGCUUCAAGGGGCCAAGUGUAAUUGAGUUCCUUUACAGAAGUGCAAGGUAUUGUACCAGAACACAAGUACACAACUCCCUCUGUAAUUUCGUGAAAGUCGCUGACACGAACUGGAUGUACGCCAAGGUAGGACACUUCAUGUGCACUCGGCAGCACCAAACUUACAAAAUACAAAAACCCUCAGAAAGUUGGAGAAAAAAAAUCUCUUAACAGAAAUAAUGGUUUCA